GAGAGAGAGAGAGAGAGAGAGAGAGAGGCGGUGCUUGUGAAUUGAACGAAGUAAGGGUUUCAGCGUUCAUGUUCAACCUCACUCACUCGCUGCCUCUCUCUCCGGCUGUGAGGCACCUUUUUCCUUUCAUUCUCCUCUCUCUUGUUUUGUCUGCCUCACAAUUGCCCGUCCCCUCCACGGCAACCACAACAACGUCCUCCUCAACAAAUUGGGAUUAGCAUCGGACGCAAAAUGGAACCCGGGACGUCCCUGUUAUAAGCGAGCUUCUCCCUCCGGCCCAGCCGGGAUGAGCGUCCCGUGGAGCGGCUCUGCCGCGCCGUGCGUGCGCCCGGCCACCUCGGCGCACAAGCGGCUCGACUCGGACUCGGAGCCGCCGCAGCCUCCGGCCAAGCGCGCCUGCAGGCUGAGCAGCGAGGCCACGACCGCCGCGGGUCGCGUCACCGCCGUCGCCCGGCAGGGACCCUCCAGGAUCGGGCCCUUCCUGCUGGUGCCCGCCUCGGCCGAGCGCGACGGCGUGCACUGCCGCGCCGUGCACGUCGACACCGGCGACGAGCUUCUGUGCAAGGUCUUCAGCAUGGCCGAGUACCAGCAGAAGAUCCGAGCCUACGGGGUCGUGCCCCCCCACCCGAGCAUCUCCGCCGUCCAGGAGGUGAUCCUCGGGGAGCGCGAGGCCUACGUCUUCCUGGAUAAAGACUUUGGUGACAUGCACACGCUGGUGAAGAGCCGACGGCGGCUCGACGAGGCGCAGGCCCGGGCGCUCUUCCGGCAGAUGGCGGAGGCUGUGGCGCAUUGCCACCAGGCGGGCGUCGUGCUGGGCGACCUCAAGCUGCGCAAGUUCGUCUUGGCCGACGAACGCAGGACCCAAGUGCGUCUGGAGAGCCUGGAGGAUUGCCGCGUCCUGGAGGACCCGCGGGACGACGCCGUGUGUGACACUCACGGCUGCCCGGCCUACGUCAGCCCCGAGAUCCUCAGCGGGGCCGCGCCCUACUCGGGCAAGAUGGCCGACAUGUGGAGCUUGGGCGUGGUGCUUUACACCAUGCUGGCGGGCCGCUACCCUUUCCACGACGCCGACCCGGCCGCGCUCUUCUCCAAGAUUCGCCGGGGACACUGUUGCCUACCUGAGGGACUCUCGCCCGCGGCCCGCUGCCUGGUCCAGAGCCUUCUGAGAAAGGAACCGGCAGAGAGACUCACAGCCUGCGAGUUACUGGCGCACCCGUGGUUCCGACGCCCGACGACGGAAGCCAGCCUGGUCGAGCAGACGGUGCCGUCCUUCGACGUGGAGGACGACGACCAUAUGCUCUGCUGACCAAAAAAAAAAUGGACCCACCUGUGUACAGUGGACCCCCCACUAAACGGCAGGGUCGAGACAAACCGCGAAUUGACAUAAUUUGUCAUUGCGGAGAGAUGCCACAAAGUGGCAGCAAAGCACUUAAAAACAGAGAGCAUUAUAAAGCAUCAACGCCAUGCCUCUCACAUGUGCGCAAUCAGAAACUACAGCAGUAAAAUUAUUCAACUUAAACCACUUUGACAUGAGGCCCACCAAGAGCACGAGCUAGCAUGCUAGCCUAACUAGCACGCUAGCGCAAACUGAUCACACAUUGGGCAAGCAAUUAUUUGCACUUGCACUUUACACAAAUGGUAUUAUGUCAUUGAAUUCCAUUUGGGGCAUAGAAACGCAAUUAGAAAUGUUUUUUUUUGGGGGGGGGCAACUUGUGAGAGCAAAUUAGACUCUGUGGGCUAUUAGCAGCUGGGAGAGAAACAAAAACAAUCAGUCACUUUCUGUUUCAGUUUGGACUGCGCAUUCAAGGACCAACAGGAAAAUAGCCACCAGUUGAUAUUAAACAACAAUAAUCACAAGAUUUUGCCAGAUGGCCCCAAAGAAAAACCUGAAUCAAUUUGGUCUAAUACCCGAGAUUUUUAGUCAAAAAAAAAAAAAAUUGCUAAUUCGAGAAUCCCAAACUGCGGGGGUUCACUGUACCGUGUCUGCGUACUGUAUGGGCAUUUGUUGGUGUUUCUUUUUAACUUGUUGGUGGUGCUAAGACAGAACAGUCAAGACCUCAAGCUACACUUGGCAGCGCAAUUCACCUCACUUUCAAUGACACCCAAUACGACGGCCAAUAGGAGGGAGAAAGUUUAAACACAACAAAUUGCAUCCAAUGCCAAAGAAACUUUUGUCGCUGGAAAACAAAAAAAAACAUGAGUUGUUCUCAUUUCUUUUCAACUAAA